AUGUCAAACCAAGCAGGAACGUCCUCCUCCUCGCCCUUGUCCUCCUUCUCGGCAGCGCCACAGCAACACACCGAGUCGACAGGGAGCAUCACGCCGCUCGUCUCGGCGACACAGCGUCUGAAUGCGCUCUACGCCCUGACGACGGGGGAAUCCACGGCGCUGCUGCCUCCGCGGUCGACACCGAGCGGUGAGGCAACGCCAACGGCAACGGGGAUGUGGAUGGGGAGUGCCACACGCCGCCUGUCGUCGAUUGAAAGCCAGCUAGCCCACAUCGUCAGCGGCGACCGCGCACUACGACGGUUCCUCCACGACUGGCAAAAGACGUCGUCGCUCCUCAACCUCGGCUUCUACGCGGCCGACGUCAACGCCAGUACGAUGGCCUACGACGCCCAACUCGCCCUCUGUCUCGAAAUGGAGCCCGACCUCGUCAAAGCCCUCGCGGACCUGCAGGAGGUGCAGGAGCUCAACAGGCGCAACGUCGUCGAUGCCCGCGCACUCGACCAAUGCGAGAAACUGGCCCCACGACUCGUCAACCUCCUCAACCUCGACGCGGAAGAGGAAAAGGCGUUUGCCAACCGCCAAAAGAGGGCGUGGCAAAUCGUCGAACGAUACCACUCCUUUAUCAACACCCUCUCCCAGCUCUUCAUCACCCUCGACCAGCAGCUCGCCCACCUCGAAAGCGCCGUCGCAAAAGAGGAAAGGAGGAGAGACGACCGACCCGCCCCCGUCCUGCCCAUCUGA